UUGUUUAGUUAUUUCAGUAAAACAAGUAACAGUUAUGUCCCAACAGGGGGCAGCAGGGCGAUUUAUAUUAAUGUUUGCCGCUAUGUAGACCAAAGAAGAAGUAAAGAAACUGCGUGAGACGUCAUUUCUGGCAUAACGAGAAAGCAACAGGAAAGGGCUGGAUAAAAAGACCCGAAUUAAAACACGUCAGCAACUUUGCAUGUGUCUAUUUGACGACAAUCUAUCCUGAAUCUUACUGGUUGAACCAAACAUGAGCAGUUUUAAUCAAGCCGUCCAGCACAGGACAUCAUCCAUCACCAGAGUAAGACACCAUGAUGCAUCCAAGCAGGAUUUGGAACGGGAUUCGGGCUUCUCAGAUGCCAGCUCGGAGUACCAGAGUGCUGUUGAUGUGACUGACUCUGAGGAUGCAGGCGGGAAAAGGCGUGCAGUCGGCCAGGACCCGGCUGGUGUGCAUCUAGCCUUGAUGGGAGCUUCGUAUGCCGGACUUUCCCCGAUGCUCAUUAUGAAUAACUUUGUCCCUAAUCAGCCUUCGCAAGUGACUCCAUCUGACAAACAGUGGUGCUCCUCUUCAUCUCUUGAUGUCAUGCCUCAAUCUCAGAUGGUUCUGCUUCAACCAAUGAUGUCGCCAAAAACAACCCCUGAAAAUAUCCCCCAGUCAAAAAGCUACACGUCCACUCACAAGUCCUAUCCUAGAAUCGCCCCAAGACCCUCAAAGAGAUCAGGAUCCUCCAGAUCGAGGGGAAAUGUGUCUUCAGUUCAUGACCAGCGACACAGGAGACAUCAACAAGGCAACCGGCAACACGGCACCCCCACACCUGGAUGGGAACCACAGGCUCCAAGCAAAGCAGCUUUGCCCAAGUUGGAAGUAUCAAAAAAGCUCUCUCAUGUGCCAGCCGAGCACUCUGAGCUGCUUAAUAGGAUGUGUCUUUCCUCAGUGACAGGGACCACCUCUGUACCCCCCUGCACAUAUCAAUCUAGGACUGAGCUUGACGACAACCAGCCGUGUCCUGACAUUUACCCGGACGGCCUCUUGGCAGAGUGCAAUAAGUUGAAGCGUUUCAGCAAUACUUAUAACAUCCUCAGCAACUGCGGCUUGUUGGGCAUCACCAUGCGCACCAAACAGCUGAUCAAGGACAACAAGCGCACCCAAAGUCAGCUGCAGCUUCUCCAGGAGCAUACGGCGCUCCUGCUGGAAGCCCUGGGAAGCGGAGACCCUCAGCUGUGGACUAAACUCCAGCUCUGUCUGCAGGACUUUAACAAGUAAUGGGACAUGGGGGGGAAGCCAGCCACACUAGCAAAGACCUACUUUGCACUAUAUUGGUAACUUCACAAGCACUAGCAAAAUGUGAGGAACCAGCAUCUCACCAGCCUCCACAUCAAAUACUAGCCGAUCUCAUUACUACAGCCACAUCCUGUCAGGGAAGGUUGGGUUGUAGAGUGCAUGCUGGGUGGGUGCCUCAGGAAAGUUUCAGGACUGGUGUCACCAAAGAUAGAUUUCAAACCCAAACAUCGUGUCCACUGUGAGUUGUUACCACAGGACCACCCAUCAAACAGCACGUCUGCAAAGAGAUCUUGCAGCCUUUGCUUGGUUCGGUGCAAGAGAAGAGGCGAGAGUUGUGGCGGUUAACAUUUACAGCUACUUCACCAUGACCACAUCCCCUGCUCACAACGCUUUGAGCAUCCAACACUCCCUGGCCAAGAAGAAGAACAUCACUGUGCUCCAGCAACCUCCUUCCUCACCCGACAUGGCUGUGUGUAUUUUUUUUUCCUUUUUCCGAAGUUCAAGGGUACCUUCGAGACGGCCCGUUUUAAAGAUGUGGCCAAUAUCAAGAUGGCGGCACUGCCAAAGAUCUUGGAGAAUCCUUCCAGGAGUGCAUGAACGCUUGGAAAGUACUUCAGAUCGCAGGGAAUUACUUUAAAGAGGACUGCUUGUAGUUUGUAGUUGGAUUUGAACUAUAUCUUUUGUGACUCCAGUCGUGCGACUUUUCUGAUCCACCUCAUACAUUCAGAACGGCUGCUCAAAACUCCAAAAUUUAAAACGAAAGCACAUCCGGGAAUACCCAUUGGAAGUUACCAAAGCAUGAGCAAACCCUCGUCUUCAAUCACUUUCCUAUUUCUGCAAAACUCAAACAUAAUCUGCGGCUAGGCCAUCUGACUCAUAUAAAAGCAUGCCGCAAUACACAGACACUGAAGGAUUUUAAAAUUAAAAAAAA